GCUCACGGUGAGGUCAGAAGCAGCCGGAUCCCGUUCGUCAACAGAGGACCGACCGGAGGCACAACGCGCGAGCUCCUUCCAUUUUGAACACCGACAUCGUUCGUUGACGCUCGCGCAGUUGUUAGCACACGCGCAGACAACAUGAUGCUUUCCCCGUGGGACCGCUGGUUCUCCACCAGCUGCUGCCUGUGCUGCCAUGUCCGCACUGGAACCAUCAUCCUGGGGGUCUGGUACAUGCUCAUCAAUGCCGUGGUGUUGCUCAUCCUGCUCACAGCGCUCAGUGAUCCUGAGCAGUACCACCUGACCAGUGCUGAGUUGGCUAAUGACCUGGAUGUCAUGGAUGAUGCCAGCAUGUGCAUUGCCUCUGCGAUCUCUGUGCUGAUGAUACUGAUAUGUGGGAUGGCAGCAUACGGUGCAUACAAGCUGCAUCCCGCCUGGAUCAUCCCAUUUUUCUGUUACCAAAUAUUCGACUUUGCUCUGAACACCCUGGUGGCGAUCAGCGUUGUGGUUUACCCCAACACGAUACAGGAUUACCUGCAGCAACUGCCUGAUAACUUCCCUUACAAAGAGGAGAUCGCUGCUCUCAGUAAUAUUUGCUUGGCCCUCAUCGUGCUGAUCUUCAUCGGCUCUAUUCUAUUCUUCAAGGCCUACCUGAUAGCAUGUGUGUGGAACUGCUACAGAUAUGUGAACGGCCGGGGUUCUGAAGUCCUGCUCUAUGUCACGACCAAUGACACCACGGUGCUGCUCCCUCCGUAUGAUGACAGCGUCAGCAUCCCUAUAAAGCAGGCGCCCCCUCCCUACACCACCGCUACAGCAUGAACCCCCCCCAGCACCCCGCUGACUGGACCUGCUGUUAACAAACCUCAGCAGGAUGAAUGCACCACACUGCCUCUCCAGUGAACAUCCAUUGAUAUAUAUAGCUACUCAAACUUCACAAUGCACCCAUGCAUGCACUGACACUCAUCUCACACAUACAUGCACACACACUUCUACCACCACCGUGACCUCUCACCCCUCCCUGUUAUUUAUUAUUGACCUUAUAGUCUUACUGUAUCUCUUCUAUGAGUCUUUUUUGUUUCUUUAAUUCAGGAUAUGAUGUGCAUUUUCAUGCAUUUGAACCUGGGUGCAAUAAGGCACUAGAAAGCAAGAUAGAUUAUAUAUAUUUGUAUUAUUUAUUUAUGCUGUGUGUAUACCUGUGAUUGUAUUUAAUGUGUCCUGCCUUUGAUAGUCAUGUCCAAGCACAAUAUGCGUAAUGAUUUUUGGCCACAGUUAUGAGUGAACUGUGUUUUUGCGUCGUCUCUGCUCAUGAUCAGGGUUGGAUUGCCUUUAUUCAUAACUUUCUCUCUGAUGGGGUGCCCUCUAUAGAUCCAUGUGUGAAGCGUCACCUUGACUGGAAGUUUUCCCAAAGAAAAGCGUCUGCCUGUAUUCUGACAUGAUCAAAGAGCAACCUAGAGUAUAUCGAACAUAUCACCUUCUUUUAUCGUUUCAUUCAACUACAAACACAAAUGUCUUGUGUUAUACAAACCCAGAGUGUUGUGCUUCGUCACUUGUAAAUGUAACUGUGUGUUUCUACGGAUUCUAUGUAUCUAUUUUGACAGCACUGGUCUGGAAUCAGCUUGCUCUUUAAAGUCGCUAUGAAUGAGUUUCUUGACGGCCCCUGGUGAAAUCACUUUAGAUCGGACCCCUCUGUGUCCAGGGGCUCAGAAUGAACGGGCCCUGGUUGUGUUUUUCU